GUGGAAGACUGUCCGAAAGGCGGGGAGACCGCUGGGUCGCAGCGCUCUCUACAUCACUUCUCCCUCCUCCUCCAAGGACUGCUCAGGGACAGAGCCCCCGGUAUCUUGGUUAGCGCGGAGGGAGAGGUACGCAGGCAUUCGACAGAGUUUUGCGCGUGCGCUGUGGUGGCAUCAGGAGGCUAUUCGCCGCGCUAAUGUUGUGCCUGCGCAGCUGCGGCCUGCUCUGGCGGCCGGUAGAAGCUCCGGCGCCCCCCAUGCGCCUGGCGGCCCGCGGCCGGCGGCGGGGGGCGCCAUGGCCUCGGCGGCGGCGGGCGAAGCGGAAGAGACCACCCGGCUGCGCAAGCCGCGCUUCUCGUUCGAGGAGAACCAGAUCCUGAUCCGCGAAGUGCGCGCCCACUACCCGCAGCUCUACGGCGCGCAGAGCCGUCGGGUGAGCGUAGCCGAGCGCCGGCGCGUGUGGGACGGCAUCGCCGCCAAGAUCAACGGGAUCACCAGCUGGAAGCGCACUGGCCAGGAGGUGCAGAAGCGCUGGAACGACUUCAAGCGCCGCACCAAGGAAAAGCUGGCUCGCGUGCCGCACUCAACUCAGGGCGCGGGGCCUGCAGCCGAGGACGCCUUCUCGGCCGAGGAGGAGACCAUUUUUGCCAUCCUGGGGCCCGGUGUGGCGGGACCAGGAGCUGGUACAGGGGCCGAGCAGCCCUCCGCGGCUGCCUCCUCACAGCCACCCGCCCCAAGCACCUGCACCCAACGCUAUAUGUUGUCAGAGGACCGCAGAGAAGACCGACGGGCAGAUACGCCAGCCCACAGCAAGGGGGGCUCCAGCAGCCCAGACCCCUGGGCUGGGCCCUCCCGCAGUCCCCAGGAAGGGGGCUGCCCACCACCCAAGGAGCGUGAGUCCCCGCCCCCGCCAGCCCUGCAGACGGUCCAGCUGCCCCGCCCAGCCUUGUCUCCGCCGCCCCCAGCCCCUCCACCGCCACCACCCCAGCCACCGCAACAGGUCCAAGUGGCACCCUUGCCUCCCAGCCCCCCGCCCCCUCCACUGCCUCCGCCCACGCCCUCGGCCCCAGAUCCCUCCCUGGACUUGCUGCGGGCCCAGCAGGAGACUGCCAACGCCAUCCGGGAGCUGGCUGGCACCCUUCAGCAGGGACUGGCCAAACUGAGUGAGGCCCUCAGCGCUCUCCUGCCCCUUCUACCAGGAACCCCAGUGGACCGGCUGCCCCCGCCUCCGCCCCCACCCCCACCCCCGCCUCCACCCCCCAGACCUCUCCUGCCCCCACCUGUCCCCAAGGUGGAGAUCACCCCGGAGCCUGUGUCUGUGGUGGCUGCUGUCGUGGACGGGGCAGUGGUGGCAGCCAGGGGGGUGAUCAUCGCCCCUAGGAGUGAGGAGGGGGUCCCCCGGUUGCCUCCAGCCCCACUCCCUCCUCAUGACUCACCCCCCCACAAGAGAAGGAAAGGAUUCCCUGUGAGGAAGAGGCGGGGGCGAUGGAAAUCUCCGUGAAAUCUGAUGUUGGGUUCGCUAAGCUCCUGCCUGCACCCUCUCCCUCAGCUUAGACCGGUGGGGAGGACCAUGCACCUUCCCCAUCCCAGCUGCACCCUGGCCCCCUGCUGCAGGGACGUGAGCACCCCACUCCCUGUACUAGUUAGUGCCUGAUUCUCAGGGGGCCUCAUUGAUGAGUCCCCCAGCCCUUUCUCCAGUACAGCGCUGUCUGCCUGGCUGCGUCCCUUAACCCUGACUUCUAAGCCAUCAAUUUUAUGUUAUUUAUUGUUGCCCAUUGUGGGUUGCGGAGGGAACUUCUGGGGUGUGUACAUUGCCCCUUCCCUAACAACUCCUGGUCCUGACUUGAAGAGAGUUGGCCCACAGGGGCCUCCUCACCUCCCCAACCCAGACUUUGGAGGGGGUAGCGGUUGCAAGACAAAUCAGAAUAUGGAUGACAAAGAGGAUACCGCAGUCUGUACCCUAGGGAGAGGGGGAUGGAGUUCUCAUCUGGAGGCGUGGGUUGGGCCCUCUGCCUCCCAUUGCAGAGCUCAACCCCCUCCUUUCUCCCCAGUGGUGACAAGAUAUCAAUAAACUUAUUUUUAAUACAAUUA